UUAUUUGAAGCUGCAGCGUCCAUUAGCAUUUAACAGCGAGUUACCAUCUUCCUGUGCUACCGAUAAUUGCUCAUUUUUCUGGUUCCUGAUUUUCCUGAGUUUUUUAUUCUUCUCCUAAAGUCAGUGCCUUUAAUUUCAUCUGGCAAGAAGAUGGGAAGAUUUGAUAGGUACAUAUCUUCUCUAAACUUCCGUUUCUUCUCAUCGGUUGCUUUCGAUUUUACCUUCAGAAGUAAAGGUCCACUCUACAGUGUAACUUUGCUCCCAUCACCAAGCAGUUACUUCUCUAAGUUCUCUACUUAUCGCCGAAAACCAAUACAACUGGCUUCCUGUUCUUGUAUGCGCUUGAUUCAAUCUUCAUUGCCCAUGAAUUUAUUUGUUAUAUAUGGUGUUUCGAUACGCUUGUAUUGUUCAGAAACAGUUCCUGUGGAUCAAAGUUUUGAUUCCAGUGCUAGUUAUGUUGAGGACCACCGCUUAGAAACUGAUAUAGAGAAGAUAUGCGGCACAAUAAUGGAUAAAUCCAUUGGACAUACCAAUAUGGAGAAAGCUCUUGAGCAACUUGGAAUACCAUUGUCAACCCCUUUGGUUACUGGGGUCCUGGCUAGGCUUCGUUAUGAGGAAAAGAUAGCGUUUAGAUUUUUUACAUGGGCUGGCCAUCAAGAGAAUUAUUCCCAUGAGUUUUGUGCUUAUAAUGACAUGAUAGAUAUACUAUCAAGUACAAGAUACAAAGUAAAACAGUUUCGAAUAGUUUGUGAUAUGUUGGACUAUAUGAAGAGGCAUAAUAAGAACACAAUUCCGGUUGAAGUUCUUUUGACUAUUUUGAGAAAAUACACUGAAAAAUAUCUAACUCAUGUGCAGAAGUUUGCCAAGAAGAAGAGGAUCAGAGUAAAAACUCAACCCGAAAUAAAUGCAUUUAACCUGCUAUUGGAUGCUCUUUGCAAGUGUAGCCUGGUUGAGGAAGCUGAAGGUCUCUUUAAGAGAGUGCAAAACAAAAUUAAGCCCAAUGCAGAUACAUAUAACAUAUUGUUUUUUGGGUGGUGCAGAGUUAGAAACCCUACCAGAGGAAUGAAAGUGCUGGAAGAUAUGAUCCAAUUUGGUCAUCCACCUGACAAUUUUACAUACAAUACUGCCAUUGAUACCUUCUGCAAAGCAGGCAUGCUAAAAGAGGCAUUAGAACUUUUUGACUUCAUGAGAAAUAAAGGUUCCACCAUAUCUUCUCCCACUGCCAAGACGUAUGCAAUCAUUAUUGUUGCCCUUGUCCAAAAUGAUAGAAUGGAGGAUUGCUUUAAAAUUCUGGAGUAUAUGAUUAGUAGUGGUUGCCUCCCUGAUGUCUCAACAUACAAGGAUAUAAUUGAAGGAAUGUGUUUGUUUGGCAAGAUAGAUUCAGCUUACAAAUUUUUGGAGGAGAUGGGAAACAAAGGUUAUCCACCUGAUAUAGUAACUUAUAAUUGUUUUCUCAAGGUCCUUUGUGACAAUAAGAAGUCUGAUGAAGCACUUAGACUUUAUGGAAACAUGAUUGAUUGGGAUUGUGUUCCCAGUGUCCAGACUUAUAAUAUGCUGAUUUUAAUGUUUUUUAAGAUGGGUGAUCCAGAUGGGGCAUUUGAGACUUGGCAUGAAAUGGCCAAGAGGGGUUGUGCACGAGAUACAGACUCAUACUGUGUGAUGAUUGAUGGGUUAUUUAGGAGCAAUAAGGAGGAAGAUGCUUGUUUUCUUUUGGAAGAAGUAAUAAACAAGGGAAUCAAAUUGCCAUUUAGAAAGUUUGACAGUAUUUUGAUGCAUCUUUCUGAAAUUGGUAAUCUCCAGUCUAUACACAGGCUCUCAGAUCAUAUGAGAAAAUUCUACAAUCCUGCUAUGGCAAGACGUUAUGCACUUGGCGAGAAACGCAAGAGUACAAGUUUGAGAGGGAAAUAAUAGCGUGAAAUUCCUUCUUGAGUUUAUGCCACUUGUCAGGAUAACUUGAAUGGAAAGGACCAAGGAGGUUUCUCCUUGUGAUAGGUGAGAAAAAUACAUCUGCUAAAAGCAUGGCAUUUAUGUUAGUUCCAGACACUGCCUCAGAGUAUGUGCUCGUCCUAGUAUUAACUGGACACCAUGCCAGUCAGCUGCUUCUUUGGAAGUGCUCUGUUUGCCACAAUAUCUUGGCAAAUCAUUUUUUCAUUGCAUGUAUUUAUUUUCAUUUUUAGUGUGCCCCAAAAAUUUUUGGAGCUGCUUUGGCAUACUAUCAUUAUGAAAUCCUGGUUUAGGAGGUGGUGCGACUGAGAGGUGUAAAGAGUUGAGUUAUUUAUGGCUUCGUAUUAGCAGAGAACCGGUUGGGCAACUUUUACAUGCAGAUAUGGGAGAAGGCUUAUGAUCCCAUCAACAUUUCGGACAAUAGUAAACUUAGUUCUCUGGUCAAGAAACUACUUGCUACUGAAUAUUGCAAAUAAUGCCAGUUUAUGUUCAAAGCAUACACAUGCUUCAAUUCAACAAUGAGUGGCCUUAACGAAUA